AUGCCUCCUCCUGCCUCCCCUCCCCGGAUCUCCCCACCUCCCAAGUGUGUGAACACGAAAACAAUACGUGGAAAGCCCGAUCGGGGGGAGCUAGGACCCGCCGGGAGCCCCACGGGGACCGGGGAGAUCUCCCGCAGGCAGCGGAGGCGCGGCGGGCCGGGGGACGACCAGGGAGCCCCUAACAAAGCAGCUUUGGGAGGGCUGGAGGCCUCCGCCUCCCUCGGCGAUAGGUCCGCGAAGCUGCCCGUCACCCCGCAUAGGUGGAGGUGGCCAAUGGCGUGCACAGACGGAGCUCGAGUUGGCGCGCGCGCGCGGCUCGGCGUCGGUGGGAUUGGUCGGAGGUUGUGGGGGACGCGGAAACGGAGACGCUGGCGGUAGAGCCUCGAGCGAAACCUUUGCCUACACGAGGCCAGAGCUUCCUCCUGUCCUGAAGAGCUCUAGACUUCCCCGUUUGCAACAAUGGCUGGGAUGGAUGUUCCUUAGACCUUGAUUCCGUACACACACGUUCGCCCCACGGGCUGGGAAGGUCUGCGCGCCCGGGGUGAUCUUGUUGAAAACAAAAAGAAUUGCCCACGCUGUGGAAGAUAAACCUAAACUGGAAAAUUGAAAGCCAUCCCUGAUUCCUCCUUCUCCUUAACCCUCUCCCAUCCAUUUUUGUUAACCUUCCAAACCCAUUCCUCCCAUCCUCUCUCACCUGGGCCUCAGUAAAGGACUCCCAUCGUCCUUCUGUCCCAGGCUUUGCCCCCUGAAAUCUGUUCUCCACUUUGCAGAAUGAUCCUUCUAAGCAGAAAAAUCCCAUUUUGCGC